AUGGAGGAAGUGAGGAAGCUGAAGGUUUUUCCAAGGCAGACCGGCGUCUGUGCCAAGCCGUAUGCAUCUCAUGAGGAGCAGCCCAAGAGGAGGGUCAAUGCAGAGGUCUGCGGGUUCAAGGCGCCGGAGACGGCCUAUACGCGCCAGUACAUCGAUAAGAAGUGUCCGUUUACGGGUGACGUCAAUGUCCGAGGAAGGCUUUUCAAGGGUGUUGUCAAGAAGAUGAAGGCCGAGAAGACCAUUGUUGUUGUUGCCAACUAUGUCCACUAUAGCAAGAAGUACAAGAGAUACUCAAGAAGACACACCAACUUCUCUGUUCACAUGUCGCCUUGCUUCGAGGGGAUGAUCAAUGUUGGAGACACCGUCAUCUGUGGAGAGACCAGGCCUCUUUCAAAGACCAAGUCGUCUGUGGUUCUGGGAUACAUCAAGAAGGCUCUGCCUGGCUCAUUCAAGGUUCUCGAGAGCAUUUAA